UAUGUCAUCGUUUCUCCAGCUGGAAUGGGGAAUGGGUUAAAUUUCGCUGGGCCUCACAGAUACGCUUAAAUGUGUGAGAACGCACUGAUGAAACCUUCGGUCCGUCCACUAGUCAUGGCUCCAUUCUCGAAGACAUUGUCCACUGACUGUCCCUUUGACAUUCUGAAGCCCUCACGAGGUGUUGUGGUAUAUUUCCCCUAAUGUCGUCUCAAAUAUUCAGAGAAUAUGAUUGGCUCACCUGACGUGGUGGCUUUUACCAAAGAAGAAGAAUUUGGGGAGGCAUAUACAGAUCCCUGUUUGCUCCCUGAAGAGUUUUCUGUGCCUUUGCUCACUGCGAAUACAAAUCCAUGGACAAAGACCUCCUAUGCUAAAUUUUCCAAGGAUUUCAUUCUCAUCUCAGAGUUUUCAGAGCAAGUGGGGCCGCAACCUUUGCUUACAAUUCCAGAUGACCCCAAAGUGUGUGGAACAUUUGACCUCAACUACUUCUCACUCCGAAUAAUGUCUGUGGAUUACCAGGCUUCUUUUGUAGGACAUCCUCCAGGUAGUAGCUACCCAAAGCUCAAUUUCGUGGAGGACUCUAAAGUUGUCCUGGGGGAUUCUAAAGAGGGUGCAUUUGCUUAUGUGCAUCACCUGACCCUGUACGAUUUGGAGGCGCGCGGAUUCGUAAGGCCGUUCUGCAUGGCUUACAUCUCCGCCGACGAGAGGAAGAUAAUGCAGCAGUUUCAGGAACUUUCCUCUGGGUUCUCUAAGGCUUCCGAGUGUUUGAAAACAGGGAACCGAAAGGCUUUUGCAAACGAGCUCGAAAAGAAACUCAAAGACCUGGAAUACACCAGAUCAGUUCUGCACAAAGAGACAGAGCUGCAGAAGAUGAAUAAUGGCUGUUACUCCUCACAGGCAAUCGAGAAAGCUAAUGAAUUAGCCAAUGUUGAGAAAUCCAUUUAUGAGCACAAAGAUCUUCUGAGACAGAUUACAUCUUACCCAAACAGAAAAGGGAGAAACCCAGAUAAAGUGCAAUGUGAGCCUGAUAAGCCCUGUAAUACAAACAUGUUUGACAAUACACUCACUUCUAAUCAUUCCGAAACUGAGGAGUCGCUCGAUGGAGACGAUAGGAACCAGCAGUCUUCAUAUGUGCCCCAGCUGAUCAAGGCUAAAUCUGCUAAAUGUUUUGAUAAACGCUUGAAAACACUUGAAGAACUCUGUGAAACAAACUUUUUUCACCAGACCAUGGACCAGCUGCACUUAAUUGAAAAGUCUUUCAGAGGAGAUCUCUGUUACAUCUACACCAGCCAGAUUGACAGGGCUCUUCUGAGCAAACAGAAAAUAACCAGUUUCCUUUUCGAAGAGGAUAAGGAUUGGGAGGAAGAGGCGACAUUAAAGCAUUUAUGUGACGCUGCUAAAACGGAUAUUUUUCCACCCCCGACGCUCAACAUAUCAGGUGAGCCAGCAAGUCUAGAAACCUAUAAAACCUGUGUAGAGGCGAUUCAUAUUAAAACGGAAGCAGAGUCAUCUGGGACAGGACCCCAAGAGUCCAGCACAUCUGAUCUCACCCAGGAGACCUCGGAAGAAGCAGCUGACUUAGAGACAAAAGGGAGUUUCAGCAGCGACAAGAGCAUAGAAGCUAUUGGAAACAUGAGUCCCGCGAACCCACAGCCCCUUUACCCUGAUGAUAGUAUGAGGGAGGCUGGCAGCGAGGAAUGCACCGGCUCUGCUGCAGCUGUGUCUGAGGACAAAGGUGCAGUCAGUUCGACCUCCGCUUUCUAUGAGGGGCCUUCCGUUCAACCCCACGUUGACAAUACUCGCUUAAAGACACUGUCUAUGUUAGGGCAUGACUCGGACGUGAAUUCCAUGGACGUGUUUGAAACGGGGAAUCUUGUUCAACUGGACACAGCCUGCUGUAUGGGACAGGAAGGUUUUAUCUAUGAAGAGCCUAUGCCCGAGCCUCUGCAGGAGGGCUCCAGUGACAUGGUGGUUAAACAAGAACCACAGUCCUUGCUUCAGAGGGAUCCUUCCCUACAGGUGGAUUAUGCCUUAGGAGAGCCACUCCUCACAGAGUCUCCUGUGACUGGCUUGUCUCCUCCUGAAAUAAACGCCAAUUCGCUGUCUGAGGACAUGGCUCGAGUCAACGUGGAAGACACCUCCGACACCACCAGUUACAUGAGCACCUCCACCAGCUCCGACCGAGCCCCGUCUCCUUUCGGUUUCGGCAGCCCGAUCACGGUGAAGCAGAAGAAGAAGGCGGGACACAGCGCUCUUCGCUUCAUCAGGCAAUACCCCUUCGCUCAACAAGCCAUAUUCUGCCUUCUGAGCGGACGAACGCUCGUGAUUCUCGGAGCUGACGAAGGGACCGUCAGGAAACUCGUCAACGCCUUGUCCAUUUUCGUGCCCAACCUCGGCAAAUAUGGCGAGAUUGUCCAGCCUUGGCUCUCCACUUCCUUUCAGCUGACAGAUCUACUGCGAUGGAAACUCAUUGGACUGCAGAGAGUGGCGUCACCGACAGGAUCAAACAUGCUCUACUCUCUAAACCGCUACAGUCGCUACAUUGGCAUUCUGGACUGUGACAACAAGACACUGCGGUGUCCCCAGUACAAGGGCACACUGAUCAACCACAUGGCCGACCACAGGACUCAGAUCAAGCGCGGCAGCACUUACUUCCUCCACAUCCAGAGCAUGCUCACCCACCUGGCGGCCAAGGCUUUCCUCUACACCUUCUGUCAUCACCUCCACCUCCCCAUGGAGGGCGACGACGAAGCCUCUUUGGCAUCGCGCAGGACUAAUUUCUUGCUCCAUCUGGGCUACAGUGAGGAGGAGAGUAAAAUCGUGCACUUCUUGAGCGAGCUCAUCAAGCAGAAUUACAUUCAGGGGCCUUCGAAGGGGGUCAGUCAGUCGAUCUUUAGUUUCAAAUACACCACCAGCUACUUGUACAAAAUCUAG